UCAUAUUUAGAUAUUGAAGGUUAGUUGUUGUACUAGAGCUACAUGACUCGCAAUCUAGCAAAUUUCUUUACGUCAAUAUCUGGGCAUAAACUUAACAGGUGCCAGGUAUUGAGCACAGUGGAUUACCUUUAGGACUUUUGUCCCUUUUCGCUUUCCUUAGUCAUCCACCGGCAGAAAAGUUUUUGCUUGAUGAGCAACGUGCUGAGCUAAAAAUGAUUACUUCUUAAAGGAUAUAAGCAGAUGUUAUUAAGGAAGGCAUGAAGCAUCGGUCGACAGUGACCUCUGGUGCUACAUCUAACAGGGAUGUUCCUGUUAUACGCCUCCAAUCGGAUUCAGAACUAUGGAAAAUUUAUGAAUUUGGAAAGACACUGGGUCAAGGAAGUUUUGGAAUUGUUUAUGAAGCCACUCACAUCGCGACACAAACAAAAUGGGCGAUAAAGGAGGUUCGCAAACCAGCGGCAGGAAGUUCAAAGUUUAAGAUGUUGGAUAACGAAAUAAACCUCCUCAAGCAAGUAGACCAUGCUCACAUAAUACAUCUCGAAGUAACCUACAAUACACCUACGAAGAUUUGUCUGGUCACUGAGCUCUGCAGAGGAGGCACCCUGAAGCAGCAGCUCCAUCAAAAAAAAUUCUUCACAGAGGAUGAAACGAGAAAAAUUAUAUAUUGUUUAGCGGAUGCAGUCGUCUACCUUCACAAAAGAGAUAUAGUGCACCGGGACCUGAAACUUGAAAACAUUCUUGUGAAGAAUUCUCCUGAUGAAAAAGACUGUUUUGACAUUAAGGUGGCAGACUUCGGACUGUCAGUGAAGGCAGACGGUGUUGGGAUUAGGAAGGUAUUGACGGAGGCCUGUGGGACUCUUCUCUAUAUGGCCCCUGAAAUGAUGAGUGGCCGCGGUUACAGCCAUUGGUGUGAUGUUUGGAGCAUCGGAGUCAUUAUGUUUAUGCUGCUUUGUGGAGAGCCUCCAUUUCAUUCCAAAUCAAAGGACAGACUGCUCAAGAAAAUUAUGCGCAAGGAAGUACAAUUUACUCAACCCACUUGGGCCACAGUUAGUGAUGGAGGAAAAUAUGUCCUGACUUGCCUUCUAAAGCCUGACCCUGCUUAUCGCAUGUCUGCUCAUCAAUUGCUAGAACAUCCCUGGAUUACAGGUGAUACAACUGUGCCUUUGGGCCCAAACAACGUGUUGGAGAUGAUGCAUCACUGUAUGGAAAACGAAGAAGAAGAAGAAAGUGAGACUGAGAAUGAGUUUGUGUCCACCUCUACGGAGGACGAGCCAUGCCUGGACAUUAUCUACUUCCCCUUAAAGAAAGACACCGUUUGUGAGUCCAGAAAGGUUGCAAAAGGAAAGGUUUCCCCUGAGAGAAGCAUCACCAGACCAUCCACAUCUGCCAAGCCGCUUCUUGGUAGAAAAAGUUCAGCCCUGCUGAGUACAAUAUCGGAAAAGUCUGCAGACAAGACGGAUACAGGACCGAAGUCGACCACUCUCUCAGCAAAGUCAGAGAAGGGACAUUCAUCUAGCCGUAAAACUGAAACAUCUCUGUCACAUGGCAAAGCAAAAAAACAACACAGAAAAAAGAAAAAAAAAAGGGACAAAUCCAGUUCAUCAGAGCAAAAAAACAAAACGAAAGAUAAAAAAGAAAUAAAGGGGAAAAAAUGAGUCGAAUCAAUCAUAUGAGAAAACGUAGAAGGGAAUUGUAAUGUUUUGAUCAUUUUAAUAUUUAUGAAUUUCUGUUUUUUUAUUAUUGGUUUUAGCAGAUGUGGCACUACCACAAGUGUGCUGGCUGGGGAGGAAGCAGGGGCUGUAGUGUCAAAGGAAUGGGCCUCACAUGUAGUGUGACAAUAGUUCAACAUGCCCAAAACCAUUGAUUGCACUUUGCCUAAGCAGUGCUACCUUGUGCCAAUAUGAAGGCCCUACUCUGAGUUGUUUUCCAGCUAGACAAACUAAAAUCAUCAGACAGGUAAAACAUGUUUUUUGUUUUGUUUUGUUUUUUAAGAGAAGUUAACAGAAUGAAUACUUUCUUAUCAGGGUCUACCGAUAAAGUUACCUUACAGAAAGAUAGAUUCAGUGAAAAAAAGUUUCCUUGAAAACUUGCACAAAGUGAAUGCAGUAGUCAUCUGUUUAUUGCUGCUAGCAAAUAAUAUAAAUGUUAUCUUUUUACUUUUACUCUCUGCUAAUAUUUUUCUUUUUGCAUUGUAUUCUUAUCUUCUUUCACUGCUACAUGUACAGAUAGGGAAUAAAAAGAUUGAAAUGAAUCAAAGCUGAAACAGAUUUGGCACUGGGCUAAAUGUAGUGUGUGAAUUUUAUUUUACAUUUGUGCAUGCUACUGUGGCACAUGUACGCAUCCAGGGUUUGAUUUGUGUUUUAAGAAUUACAUAUUUAACUGAUGCUAGUUCUGAGACACUAAAACAGAAUACAAACGAUUAGUUUGGAUAUCAUUUCACAACACCGAACUACGCAAAAGGGAUUUUGCUCCCUUUGUGCUCUGACCUCUCAAUCCCAAAGCAUUGCAUAUGCAGUGACUGCACCCACUCAGUGUCAAAACAGAGAAACUGUCACACAGGCUGGUUACGCUCCAUCUAAAUGCAGAGGAUUGGGACUGAGGGCAGCCACGGGUCUAAUCUCGUUUGGAGGCCACUGAAAGCAGCAGCAGCUACUUUGAGGGCACUGCCAUUCAAGCACAGGUUUUUUUUUCCCCCCGCUGUAGAGAGAAUAAUCCCCAGCACAGAUACAACAUUAACGUAUCCAAGCAUAACACACAGAGGGUGAAUUUCAAAUCCACCCAUUUGCAUCUUGAAGUGAAUGAGUGCCAACAAUGGGCCCGUGUUCCUCCACAGGCUUUAUGUUUUAGUGCAUAUGUGAGAAUGUCCACAAUCGCUUGUGUUAGGACACAAGCGAUUGUUGAUAAAAGCUGCUUGCCAAAAAAAAAAAAAAGGGACUGCUCUGCUACUGCAGAAUUACUGACACGCUGAAUGUCUCUGGUUUACUCAGAUUGCUAUAAAACAGCAGAUGGAGCUGUAGUUAGUUGCUGAAUUCAUUAAUUUGAGCUGUACCUAAAGCUACCUAAUUUUCAGCAUGAGGAUGUGUAAUUAGAAUUGAGUGCUUGAGCCACUGCCCAUUAAAAAAUGUGAUUUCCAUGUAAUCUGUCUCUAAUUAAUAUGUUGUAUGCUUACACCUCGACGGUCCAUGUAGCUAAAAUAAAAUUGUUAAGACGUGA